AUGCCUGUCCGCAGGGGCCACGUCGCGCCCCAAAACACUUACCUGGACACCAUCAUCCGCAAAUUCGAGGGCCAGAGUCGAAAGUUCCUGAUCGCCAAUGCUCAGAUGGAGAACUGCGCCAUCAUUUACUGCAACGAUGGCUUCUGCGAGCUCUUUGGCUACUCCCGAGUGGAGGUGAUGCAGCGACCCUGCACCUGUGACUUCCUCACGGGCCCCAACACCCCACCCAGUGCCAUGUCCCGCCUGGCGCAGGCCCUGCUGGGGGCUGAGGAGUGCAAGGUGGACAUCCUCUACUACCGCAAGGAUGCCUCCAGCUUCCGCUGCCUGGUGGACGUGGUGCCCGUGAAGAAUGAGGAUGGGGCCGUCAUCAUGUUCAUUCUCAACUUCGAGGAUCUGGCCCAGCUCCUGGCCAAGAGUGGGAGCCGCAGCCUCUCCCAGCGCCUGCUGUCCCAGAGCUUCCCGGGCUCUGAGGGCUCUCACGGCAGGCCGGGUACAAGGGGGCCUGGCACGGGCAGGGUCAAGUACAGGACCAUCAGCCAAAUCCCGCAGUUCACACUCAACUUUGUGGAGUUCAACCUGGAGAAGCACCGCUCAGGCUCCACCACAGAAAUUGAGAUCAUCGCACCCCACAAGGUGGUGGAGCGGACCCAGAAUGUCACCGAGAAGGUCACCCAGGUCUUGUCUCUGGGUGCGGACGUGCUGCCGGAGUACAAGCUGCAGGCACCACGCAUCCAUCGCGGGACCCUCCUGCACUACAGCCCCUUCAAGGCCGUGUGGGACUGGCUCAUCCUGCUGCUGGUCAUCUACACGGCCGUCUUCACACCCUACUCAGCCGCCUUCCUGCUUAGCGACCAGGACGAGUCUCAGCGCGGGGACUGCAGCUACACCUGCAGUCCACUCACAGUGGUGGACCUCAUCGUGGACAUCAUGUUUGUCGUGGACAUUGUCAUCAACUUCCGCACCACUUAUGUCAACACCAACGACGAGGUGGUCAGCCACCCCCGCCGCAUCGCUGUCCACUACUUCAAGGGCUGGUUCCUCAUUGACAUGGUGGCAGCCAUUCCCUUUGACCUGCUCAUCUUUCGCACUGGCUCUGAUGAGACCACGACCCUGAUUGGGCUGCUGAAGACAGCGCGGCUGCUGCGGCUGGUGCGCGUGGCCAGGAAGCUGGACCGCUACUCUGAGUAUGGGGCAGCUGUGCUCUUCCUGCUCAUGUGUACGUUUGCACUCAUUGCACACUGGCUGGCCUGCAUUUGGUAUGCCAUCGGCAACGUGGAGCGGCCCUACCUGGAGCCCAAGAUCGGCUGGCUGGACAGCCUGGGCGUGCAGCUUGGCAAGCGCUACAAUGGCAGCGACCCGGCCUCAGGUCCCUCGGUGCAGGACAAGUAUGUCACUGCCCUCUACUUCACCUUCAGCAGCCUCACCAGCGUGGGCUUCGGCAACAUCUCUCCCAACACCAACUCAGAGAAGGUCUUCUCCAUCUGCGUCAUGCUCAUUGGCUCCCUCAUGUAUGCCAGCAUCUUUGGCAACGUGUCUGCCAUCAUCCAACGCCUGUAUUCAGGCACGGCGCGCUACCACACGCAGAUGCUGCGAGUCAAGGAGUUCAUCCGCUUCCACCAGAUACCCAACCCGCUGCGGCAGCGCCUGGAAGAGUACUUCCAGCACGCCUGGUCCUACACCAACGGCAUCGACAUGAAUGCGGUGCUGAAGGGCUUCCCCGAGUGCCUGCAGGCCGACAUCUGCCUGCACCUGCACCGCGCGCUGCUGCAGCACUGCCCGGCCUUCCGCGGAGCCAGCAAGGGCUGCCUGCGCGCUCUCGCCGUGAAGUUCAAGACGACGCACGCGCCGCCGGGGGACACGCUGGUGCACUUCGGCGACGUGCUCUCCACGCUCUACUUCAUCUCCCGCGGCUCCAUCGAGAUCCUGCGUGACGACGUGGUCGUGGCCAUCCUAGGAAAGAAUGACAUCUUCGGGGAGCCUGUUAGCCUCCACGCCCAGCCAGGCAAGUCCAGUGCAGACGUGCGGGCCCUGACAUACUGCGACCUGCACAAGAUCCAGCGGACAGACCUGCUGGAGGUGCUGGACAUGUACCCUGCCUUCGCAGAUAGCUUCUGGAGUAAGCUGGAAGUCACCUUCAACCUUCGGGAUGCAGACGGGGGUCUCCAGUCAUCACCCCAAAAGGCUCCAGGCAGUCAGGACCACCAAGUCUUCUUCCUCAGUGACAGCGAGUCAGGUGCAGCCCCUUCCCUGAGCCUCUCAGAUGCAUCUGGCCUGUGGCCUGAGCUGCUGCAGCAAGUGCCCCAAAGGCCAAGGCACAGCCCUCCAGACCCUCAGGAAGUGGCAGACUGCUGGUCUCGGGAGCUGGGCCCCAGGCUGGAGCAGCUCCAGGCCCAGAUGAAUAGGCUGGAAUCCCGCAUGUCCUCAGAUGUCAGCCGCAUCCUGCAGCUCCUUAAGCAGCCCCUGCCUCAGGGCCAUACUGGCUACAUUCUGGGAGCCCCAGCCUCCAGUGACCUGGCCUUGUUUCCUGCAUCAGCGACUCAGAGUCUAGGAAAUAGGCUGUCCCAGGACGGCCUGUCCCCUGCACAGGCCCCAGGCUGUGGUGACUUGGACAAAUGUAGGCCGAAGCGCAGGAAGUCCUCCUCCAGGAUGCCUCACCUGGCCAUGGCGAUGGACAAAACUCUGACAUUGUCCUCUGAACUGAAGCAGCCUGAGGAGCUCCUGUCAUCCCUGGCCUCACCUCUGCAUCCCCUAGGGGCACAGGCACUCGCCUGUGGUCCCCGCUUCCCCUCCCUCCCGGAACACCUCAGCUCUAUCCCCAAGCAGCUGGAGUUCCAGAGACAUGGCUCAGAUCCUGGAUUGGUAGGGAGUUGGAGCCACUGAACUCCGAGACAAAAGAUACCAUGAGGGGCUUGAAGGUGGGUAAGGUGAGAGUUAAGGAUUUGGGGGAGGCAGAGAGCCACCAAAAUGGACCUCUGAAAACCAUUCUCCUGAAGUAGCUACAAACUGCUAACUCAGGUGACCCAAGAUGGCAGGGGCGAGGAGACUCAGGAGUCUUCCCAGGCUCCUCCAGGCCUCUCUGUUUAGAUAGCAAGCCUGGAGAAGGGUGGGCAAGCACCUUGGGCAUGGAGGUAGCUUACAGGACAGUGGGGUCAGUGAGGAAAAGAGAAAUUUCUGAUCUGUGUGAGAGCCUUGCUCUGGGCUGGGUGCAAUCAUCUCCUGACUCGGAACCAUCCAUGGCCUCUCUCCCAGCACCCAAGGUUGGUCAGACCUCCUAUGAG